AUGGCUGCCACCUUAUUUCACAUUAAGGCUCUUUGUCUUCUCCUACCUCUCUUGUUUGUCCAUGGCUUAGCACAAAUUAAUUUCUUCCGAAACCCUUUUUCCUCACAAUUCAGUGGAGAAGGAUUAUUGAAUGGUAAUGGUCAAGACCAAAGCCAAAGGACGAAUCUCUUUCCAUUCAAUUUUCCUUUCAACUUCCCAUUCAUAGGACGGCCCUCUCAUUCCAAUGAUCAUGACGCGUACGAGGACCGAGAACCCGCCCCCCGUCGGACGCCCGCCGACGACUCUGAUCACAACCCGCAGCUCGAUCCUAAUGCAAGGCCCGAUUUUUCGACGGACUUCAAAGGGUCUUGGGAUUUGGUGUCUAAGAACUCGGGUGUCUCAGGAAUGCACAUUAUUUUGCUUCCAAACAAUAAGCUUAUAAUGUAUGAUGCCUCCGCUUUCCAUAUUUCGGACAUAAAGUUGCCUAAUGGCCAAUGCGUUCCUUUCAUGGAUAAGAGGAGUAACAAGCAGAUGACUGAUUGUUGGGCUCAUGGAGUGGAAUUUGAUAUCGACACUGCAAAAAUUAGGCCACUUAAGAUGGUGUAUGAUCCAUGGUGUUCAUCGGGAGGGCUUGCAGUUGACGGGAGCCUGGUGGGAACUGGUGGUUGGGACAAUGGUAUUAAAACUGUUCGAUAUUUCAAACCCUGCGACACUUGUGAUUUCAACGAAUACCAAACUACUUUGGCUGAUCCAAGAUGGUAUGCAACACAGAUAACCCUAGCCGACGGCGGCUUCAUGGUGGUCGGCGGCCGGAGAGCAUACACGUACGAGUACGUGCCGCCUCCAGGAAAAUUCAACAACAAGAACGCCAAGUACUUCCUCCCACUUCUUGAUCAAACCACCGAUUUGGAUGAGAACAACCUCUACCCUUUUGUCUACCUCUCCACUGACGGCAAUGUCUUCAUCUUCGCCAACAACCGCUCCCUCCUCCUCAGCCCUAAGACCAACAACGUCCUCCGCGAGCUCCCUGUCCUUCCCGGCGGGGCCCGCAACUACCCCGCCUCCGGCAUGUCGGCCCUCCUCCCCAUCCGCCUCGACCUCAACCCCGCCGUCCCGCCUCCCGCAGAGGUGAUCAUCUGCGGCGGCGCCAAGAAUGAGGCCUACGGCCGUGCCGGCCGCGGGACGUUCAUCCCGGCGUUACAAGACUGCAACCGGAUCACGAUAACCGACCCGAAACCGGUUUGGAAGACCGAGACGAUGCCGUCCCAGCGCGUCAUAGGCGACAUGCUGAUCCUACCCACUGGCGACCUUCUCCUCAUCAAUGGCGCAAAGGCAGGAACCGCCGCGUGGUUCUUCGCCGACAAUCCCAACCUCGUCCCGGUCCUCUACCGCCCCGAUGCACCGGUAACCCAGCGGUUUACCGAGCUCGCGGCGACCGACAUACCCCGGAUGUACCACUCAUCGGCGGCGGUGCUUCCCGACGGGAAAAUCAUCGUCGCCGGGAGCAACACCAACCCCGGAUACAACUACACGGCGAAGUACCCGACCGAACUGCGAAUCGAGAAAUUCUCGCCGCCGUACUUGGACCCGGCGCUGGCCAAGUGGAGGCCGGAGUUAGUGAAGGAAUCCACAGCAACCGAACUUUCUUACGGAAGUAUGUUCGAGAUAGUGUUUAAGCUGAAGGGACUGAGGGUGAGAAACGGCGAUAUUAAGGUAACAAUGUACUCGCCGCCGUUUACGACGCAUGGAUACUCGAUGAACCAGAGAAUGCUGAUUUUGGAGAAGGACAUGGUGGUACGGACUUCUCGGGGGAUGUACCGGGUGGUGGCGACGGCGCCGCCGUCGGGGGUGGUGGCUCCGCCGGGGUAUUAUCUUCUGUUUGUGGUUCAUCGUGGGGUACCAAGCGAGGGGAUUUGGGUGAGGAUCAAGUGA